UGCGUAGUUGAAGUGUUCAGUGUUCACAGAUUAUUUUCACAAUAUGAAGGUGUUCAUUUGUUUAGUAGUGUUUUUUGCUGUUGCCAAUGCUGGAUCCCUUUUCGGAGGUAGCAGUGGUGGUGGUGGCUGGUCAAGCGGCGGUGGCAGUGGCGGCUGGCCAAGUAGCGGUGGCUGGUCAAGUGGCGGCAGCUCAAGGCCAAGCCAAAUUAUAAAAGUAAUUCACGUUAAGGGAGGUUCAUCGGGUGGACAUGGAGGAUGGUCGAACGGAGGUAGCAAAGGAUGGUCACAAGGCGGUGGCGGCUGGUCAAGUGGUGGUAAAGGAUGGUCACAAGGCGGUGGUGGUCAUGGAGGAAACGUUCAAACCAUCAAAAUUAUCACUGUUCCAAGCUCAGGUGGAAAUAAAGGAUGGAGUUCAGGUGGCAGUGGAUGGUCACAAGGAGGCGGUGGAGGUUGGUCACAAGGAGGCGGUGGAGGAUGGUCACAAGGUGGCGGUUGGUAAAAUGUCAUUUUCACCACAUCUCAGCCCAAAAUCUUGGAAUCUAGCUCACAACACCAUACACAUAAAUGAAAUUAUUGCACAUACAAUUUGUAAAUAACAAUUGAAAAAUAAAAUGACAAAUAUUA